AUGUCUGCAAACACACCCCAGCAUCACAAGGGGCAUCAAGUCGCCGCCGGGGAGACCUUCUUCUACCGUCAUCAUGUGCGCCCAGGAGUAGAGACGGCCUUUCGCAUUCGGCUCAUCUCUGGCACCGCCAACCCGGACCUCACGGACAACGUAGCCAAGUGUCUGAACGUGGACAAGUGCCGCACGGAGAUCAAACGCUUUGCUAAUGGGGAGCUCAAUAUUAAGGUGGUCGACAACGUUCGCGGGGAUGACUGCUUCAUCAUUCAGCCGACUGCCGGCGGCUUCGACACGGACGUCAAUACAGCCAUGAUGGAGCUGCUGCUGCUGGUGCACACUCUGAAGUUGUCUUCCGCCAAGCGCAUUACGGCUAUUGUGCCGUAUUACGCGUAUAGUCGCCAGGAUCGUAAGAGCGAGCCGCGUGUGCCGAUCUCUGCCUCCGCGGUGGCACAGCUUCUGCAGUGCAUGGGUGUCGACCGUGUCGUGACGAUGGAUCUGCACUGCGGUCAGAUACAGGGCUUCUUCCGAAACAUCCCAGUGGACAAUCUGCUCAUGUUCCCCGAGUUCGCAACGUACCUGAUGCGGCAGCCGUGGUUUGACAAGAACGAAACUGUGGUAGUCUCGCCCGAUGCCGGCGGCGUCGAGCGUGCCAACGUGCUGGCCGAUCGCAUCGGCGCUAGCCAUAUUGUCACCAUCCUGAAGCGUCGCAAGGAGGCGGGCGUGGUGGACUCCAUGCAGACAGUCGGUAAUGUCCAGGGCUACACGUGCGUCAUCAUCGACGAUAUGGUCGACACCGCCGGCACACUGUGCAAGGCAUGCGACCUGCUGAAGGAAAUGGGUGCAACGCGUGUGAUUGCCUGCGCGAGCCACGGCAUUUUGACUGAUCCGGCGUGUACCCGCAUUAACGCCUGCGAGGCACUGGAAGAGCUAGUGGUGUCCGACUCGAUUGAUCAGCGUCUGAAGACGGCUAGGUGCGAUAAGCUGACUGUACUGACGACGGCACCGCUGCUGGCGCAGGCGGUGCACAGCCUCCAUAAGGAAGCUUCGCUGUCUUCUCUCUUUGUGAAGGUGUAG